AUGCGCGGGCCGAGCUGGCUGCUCCUGUCCGGCCUGGCGUUGCUGCUGCUCGGCUCCCUGCUCCUCCUGAAGAGGGAGGCUGCGCCGCGGGGGACCCCUGCGGGCCACCAGCCUUUCUGGGCUCCCCCAGGGGCCCACCGCAGUCAGUGCCCACCUAACCACACGGCAGCUGACGUCUCCCUGGCCCUGCCUGGCCGGCAUCGCCUUUUCCUGACCUAUCGCCACUGCCGGAACUUCUCCACUUUGCUGCAACCUGUAGGGUGUGCGGGGGACCUCUUCCUGCUCCUGGCCAUCAAGUCCCAGCCGGGCCACGUGGAGCGGCGCGCGGCCAUCCGCGGCACGUGGGGCCGGGCGGGGGCCUGGGCGCGGGGCCGGCAGCUGAAGCUCGUGUUCCUGCUUGGGGUGGCGCGCCCCGCUGCCCUGGCCCUGCUGCUGGCCUACGAGAGCGCGCAGUUCGGGGACAUCCUUCAGUGGGACUUCGCCGAGGACUUCUUCAACCUGACGCUCAAGGAGCUGCACCUGCAGCGCUGGCUGGCCGCCGCCUGUCCCCAGGCCCGCUUCGUGCUCAAGGGGGACGACGAUGUCUUUGUCCACGUCCCCAACGUGCUGGAGUUCCUGGAGGGCCGCGACCCGGCCCAGGACCUCCUGGUUGGAGAUGUUAUCCGCCAGGCCCGGCCCAACAGGAACACCAAGGUCAAGUACUUCAUCCCGCCUUCCAUGUACCGGGCCCGCCACUACCCGCCCUACGCGGGGGGCGGAGGCUACGUCAUGUCCAGGGCCACCGUGCGGCGCCUGCGGGCGGCUGUGGAGGCCACGGAGCUCUUCCCCAUCGACGACGUCUUCGUGGGCAUGUGCCUGCGUGGGCUGGGCCUCAGCCCCACCCACCACGCGGGCUUCAGGACGUUUGGGAUCCGGCGGCCCCUGGCCCCCUUGGAGCCGUGCCUGGUCAGGGGGCUCCUGCUGCUGCACCGCCUCGGCCCGCGGGAGCUGUGGACGCUGUGGGCGGCGGUGACCCACCCGGGGCUGCCCUGCGCAGCCGCCUUCCCGCCCCGUCCCUGA